AUGUCCUCGAUCGAACGCCCAGAGCCACAUCCACCAGAGUCAAUACGACGGCUGGUCUUCGUACUCUUACACAUUCGACUCAUCAUGGCUCAUGUAAACUGUGACCUUCCAGGUGUUUAUCUUGUACUACAACGGAGCAAUACAGCCUCAUACCGUUUCUCCACCUUUCGCCACUGCACAUGUGUCUUCGCAGAGACCAUUGAAUACCCUAUCGUGGACAUAUCAGACGUAGCCCGCGAUAUGAACAAUCGCGUCAGGUUGAAAGAGUUCAUGGCUUUUCUCGUGCAAGAGGGCAUCAUCAUCUUUUUUUUCGACGAUGUGGUGGAAGGCUAUUUGGCACUCAACGACAUAGUAGCAUGUGCUGGUGAGGCGCCAGGUAGCCCUGUCCCUCCAGUGUCGUGUGUCUUCUCUUUGCUCGUUGGCCUUGGUGUCAUCCUUUUGAUCGUCCUUUGCGCAAUCUUUUUAUCUCGUCAUCUCUGUUUACCCAUUCUGGCACGCUCGCUCAAGGCAUUCGCGCAGCUUAGACUCAUAGAGUCAUCCCAAUUUCACGCCAUUCAUCUCCAUUGUGUAUCGGUGCUUCUUCUACUGCAAUCGACUCUAUACGUGGGUCUCUCUGCAGCCACGACCAACACGAGUUUUGCGCGCACCAUGAACAAUCCUGUGAAAGAAUUCUUCCACCAAGCCCCGCUCGUGCAAAUGGUUUACCAUUGCCUCCCGCUUGUAACUGAUAUGCUGGCCCUGCAAGGGACAAAUCGUGAGGUCAAACGUGUCGGGACAGAUUGUAUCAUCGGCCGGUUCGACAGAAUUUUGCGGCCAUUCGUGGAGGAACACAUAGCCGAGUUUCGUUUCAUGCUGCACACCACAUCAGCAGUGAUCAACGGCUCCUGCGCAAUGCAAAUGUGGCGGGAUGACGGUCGCCAUGCAACGAACCUUAACAUUGUGGUUCCCUCUGACUUUGGCCCCUUGCUAGCGGAUUUCAUCAUAGACACCCUACGCUACGACAAAGUGGCUGAUACACCCAUAAACCAUGCCUACACCAAGGUCAUCCGUUCCCAUAGCGAAUUUCAGCGUGGCGGCUUGAAGAUCACCGUGUCUGAGGCCUUGGGUGAGGGUGUCUUCAAAGUUAUCAUGGCCUCGCACACCACUGCAGACAUGACAUUGAUGACUGCAGGAGGCAUGACCGUAUUCUAUCCGUUGUGGACCUCGAGGGGGAUCGCUGUGACCAAUGGUGCAGUAUUGCGCCCUGCGCCAGAACCGACCAUUGGCUGUAUGUCGCAGGAAGGCUGGGAGGUCAAGAGCUGCACUUCCUUCAUGGACGGUCCAUGUGGUCUCUUAUGCCCUGCUCUGUGGCGUAAUGUGGCAGAUGCAGGACGCAAUGCACUGAUCUUUGAGUGGGAUCAUAGAUUUCCGAUGAAACGCUUGGCCGAACGUUCAAAUGUGAUAUGGCGCCUGUCACAACGUUGCGCGAAUCCAGAAUGUCCUUACAACAGCAUCACUAAUGGGAACACGUGCGAUCUGCCUCCUAAACCAAUGCCGCACGACCUCGUCAGUAUUGAGAGGCAGAAGGAGAUUAUCGAGCAACACAUGCCCAAAUACAAGGAGACAUACCUGGGUGUCCUUUAUGCCACUGCGGCUGCGACACCGCAGAUUGUGCCCAUCCCCCUGCGUGACGGGCUUGCCUCUCUCGCCUAUAUUUCGCAUCUCCAAAUCCUGCACUGGGUCGAUUUCCUAGGUCGCAACAAGCAUGUGUUAGGUGCAGGCCGCAAUCGCAAGACUUACAACGUGAUUUCUGAUCCUGACUCUUCCCCUUGGGCGCAUGCCUUCACUUUCUUCCGCGAAGAUCCGUUGGUGUAUGCCCCACCCAACGCGCUCAUCCGAAACAUUGCCAACAUUGCCAGCAACGACGCUGACGUGACUGGAAAUGUGUUAGUGGUCAAACACGUGCACGGAGAUAAGAAUAAGAUAGUGGACUGCAAUCAACGAGACAUCAAUGCCAUCAAUGUACUUAUGACAAGGGCACUUGGAGAUGCCGAGUUUUGGGCUUAA